AUGUGGAUACAGACAAUAAAAAAUGCUUCGAAUCUUAACAUUGAUUCAACUAGUGUCUCUAUUGGGGGUCUAUCAGCAGGGGGUCAAAUGACAGCUGUACUAGGCCAUUUUGCCCGGGAUGCCGGCAUUGAACUGAAAUUACAGUUGAUCAUUGUUCCGGCAACAGAUAUGCGCUACUGUCUCAAAAGAAGGGAGCUUAAUAAAACAACAUGUCCCUAUGAAAGUGUAUUACUGUAUCACAAAGCACCUUGGGGGCCCUUGGGGAGAGAGCAAUGGUUUCUGAAGUAUUGGCUGGGAGAUGAUGAUGAUGUUCAAGAGAGAAUAUUGACAAAGGAUUGGAUCUGCACACCCGUUCUCGCCCCUUUAUUCGAAAACCUUGCGAGGGCACACAUUAUCACGGCUGAGUUUGAUCUUGAACGGGACGAAGGAGAGUAUUAUGGUCAUCUUUUGCAGAAGGCUGGGAACCAUGUCACAAUGAAAAGAUACCCUGGAAUGCCGCACGCAUUUGCACACUACAAUCACCCACAAAGAGGGCUUUCGCAAAGUUUUGUUUAUAUCGAAGAUACAAGUCGGCUCCUUCGGGAGGUACAUCUUGGCUAG